AUGAAUAGUAGCGCUAUAAAUAAAUCCAGAAGUAAAUAAAGUUCUUAUGAUUCUAAUUAAUAAUUAAGAACUAUUCUAUUGACUUCAUUAGCUAAAUUACAGUAUGAAUAAAAACUUAUAUUUAGUUCCCAAAGUACUGCUUAGACAGGAUUUAAUGAAUUGAGAUCAUUGAUUGCAUAAUUGUCAUAACAUUAAUUCAUAAUUUUAAUGAAUCUCCUUGACUCAAAUGAUUUAUCUAAAUAAGCAAAGAAGGAUUAUAUUAAAGUCUUUGGUAUUUUAGCUGAAAUAAGAGGUAAUGAGAUCCAAGAAUAAAUAACAAGGAUAAUUCAAAUAAUAAAUAAAAGAAUUUAGGAAGGUAUAAACAUAUAUAUAUAUAAUUUAUAAUAGGGGACUCUUCUUUCUUACAAGUCAUCUAAGAUACUUUUGCUAAUAUAAAUGAAUUUACAAUCUAAAAUUCUCCAAAUAAAUUUGAUUUAUUCUUCUAAAUCACUGAAUUAUUGCAAUCUAAUUUUGCACAUAAUAACAAAGUGGCUUAGUUAAUAAGUGCUGCUUCUCUAUGUAGAAUUAUCAAAACUAGUUAAUCACAAUUAUUAGAACUAGUUUGUAAAUAAUAUACUUAAAGAACUUUAGAGAUAUUAAAGUAAUUUAUAAUUUCUACUUAGAUCACCUCAUUGUUAAACAUAAUAAGGAUUAUUAGAAAGUCUUUUAUGUAUAAUCUUAACUGUAGAGGAGAUUUUUGAGCCUAAUUUAGAGGAUUGUUUAAAUACAAUUUGUAAUUGUUUAAAAUCAUCUGAAUGGAUUUCACGGUAUCAUUUUUUUUAUGAUUAGUAAAAUUGCAGUAGAUAUAUUGUAUACAUUAAGUGUUAUUUUUCCUCGUUUUUUUAGAUCUAAUGAACUAUAUUCAAAUAAGAUUAAUGAAUUAAGAUUUGAUAAAAUUAAGUAGGUCAGAGAUGCUGCUUAAAUUGCUAUAUCUUCAUUAAAAGAAUCUCAUAUAUUUUAAUAAUCAUCCUAAAGAGAACAUAAAUCAGUAUUCAAAUCAAAUGCAAAUUAAAGUUUUUUUGAAAAAAACUCAGAUAUUUAAAUUGUUGAGAACAAGCCAAGAGAAAAUGUGUCUGAAAAACAAUAGAUUAUUAAAUAGGAAUAACAAUUAAAAAGUGAUUCAUAAUAGUCUAAAUACAAUUAUAAAUAGUACACUGAUGAAAAGAAAUAAUAACCCAUUUAAAUUUUGACAGAAUCAAACGUAUUAGCAUCUGCUCAUUUAGAAUAAUUUUAAUAUUUGUAGUUGCCUUAUAAAAUAAAUAGUUUUGAAUCCAGUACAAAAAAAGCAUAACUUAAUUUAAGUUAAGAAUAUUAAACUUCUAACAUAAGUUCUUCUACACCUAAUAAAUAAUAAGCAGAUCUAAUGAAAUUGUGUGAUUCUGUGAAAGCUAAGUAAUUAGAUUAAUAUGAGUAACUUAUUACUAAUAGAAUUGAAGAAUCUGAAUAAGCAACUAAGUAGGAGUUUUCUAAAAUUAACUAGAGGAUUGAUAAAAUUGAAUUAUUAUUAGUGAAAAUUAAUGAAACAAUUAAUUAAAAAUUAAAUAAUUAAGAAUAAUAAUAAUAAUAAUAAUAAUAAUAAUAAUAAUAAUAAUAAUAAUAAUAAUAAUAAUAAUAAUAAUAAUAAUAAUAAUNAAGUCAUCUAAGAUACUUUUGCUAAUAUAAAUGAAUUUACAAUCUAAAAUUCUCCAAAUAAAUUUGAUUUAUUCUUCUAAAUCACUGAAUUAUUGCAAUCUAAUUUUGCACAUAAUAACAAAGUGGCUUAGUUAAUAAGUGCUGCUUCUCUAUGUAGAAUUAUCAAAACUAGUUAAUCACAAUUAUUAGAACUAGUUUGUAAAUAAUAUACUUAAAGAACUUUAGAGAUAUUAAAGUAAUUUAUAAUUUCUACUUAGAUCACCUCAUUGUUAAACAUAAUAAGGAUUAUUAGAAAGUCUUUUAUGUAUAAUCUUAACUGUAGAGGAGAUUUUUGAGCCUAAUUUAGAGGAUUGUUUAAAUACAAUUUGUAAUUGUUUAAAAUCAUCUGAAUGGAUUUCACGGUAUCAUUUUUUUUAUGAUUAGUAAAAUUGCAGUAGAUAUAUUGUAUACAUUAAGUGUUAUUUUUCCUCGUUUUUUUAGAUCUAAUGAACUAUAUUCAAAUAAGAUUAAUGAAUUAAGAUUUGAUAAAAUUAAGUAGGUCAGAGAUGCUGCUUAAAUUGCUAUAUCUUCAUUAAAAGAAUCUCAUAUAUUUUAAUAAUCAUCCUAAAGAGAACAUAAAUCAGUAUUCAAAUCAAAUGCAAAUUAAAGUUUUUUUGAAAAAAACUCAGAUAUUUAAAUUGUUGAGAACAAGCCAAGAGAAAAUGUGUCUGAAAAACAAUAGAUUAUUAAAUAGGAAUAACAAUUAAAAAGUGAUUCAUAAUAGUCUAAAUACAAUUAUAAAUAGUACACUGAUGAAAAGAAAUAAUAACCCAUUUAAAUUUUGACAGAAUCAAACGUAUUAGCAUCUGCUCAUUUAGAAUAAUUUUAAUAUUUGUAGUUGCCUUAUAAAAUAAAUAGUUUUGAAUCCAGUACAAAAAAAGCAUAACUUAAUUUAAGUUAAGAAUAUUAAACUUCUAACAUAAGUUCUUCUACACCUAAUAAAUAAUAAGCAGAUCUAAUGAAAUUGUGUGAUUCUGUGAAAGCUAAGUAAUUAGAUUAAUAUGAGUAACUUAUUACUAAUAGAAUUGAAGAAUCUGAAUAAGCAACUAAGUAGGAGUUUUCUAAAAUUAACUAGAGGAUUGAUAAAAUUGAAUUAUUAUUAGUGAAAAUUAAUGAAACAAUUAAUUAAAAAUUAAAUAAUUAAGAAUAAUAAUAAUAAUAAUAAUAAUAAUAAUAAUAAUAAUAAUAAUAAUAAUAAUAAUAAUAAUAAUAAUAAUAAUAAUAAUAAUAAUUAAUUUGCUUGAAAUAGAAAGUAGAAUCAGUCAAGAUUUAUGAAAAUAAAAUGAUUCCAAGUCAAAUUCAUUAAGAAAUUCAAUCAAAAGAUUAAAUUUUAAAUAAUUCAUCAAAUUUGGUUAUUUAAGAAUAAUAACAGAAUUCCAAAAUGAAAGAUUUAUUUAUUUUUGGAUAAAAAAGUGAAUAAAUAGAAUAAAAAUUAGGAGAAUCAAAUAUUGAAUCAAAUUCAAGAAAAAUGAGUGAAGGAGAAUGUAAAGACAGAUAAAAUCAUUAAAAAUCAUUUUCAGAAGCUUCUCCAAUAAGAAAUUAAGAUUAAUCAAUAUUAACCAAAGAUAGCAAAUAGACAAAAGAAUAGACAUAAUUUUAAUUAUAGGAUCCAAAAAUUAAAGAAUAAUAGAAGAUAAUGUUAAGAGUUGAGGAACAAUUGAAAGUAUUUAUUAUAUUUAAUUUUAGAAAGAUAAUAUAAAUGAAGCUUUUUGCACUGCAUUAACUUCUUUAGAUGAUUAGAUUAUCAUAUCAACUAUGAUGAAAACUGGUCCUUGCACAGAAAGACUUGAUUCUACCUAAGUCGAAUUUUUAUUGCAUAAAUUAAGAAGUCUAGAUUGGAUUGAAAAUGCUCUGCAUCAUCAUUUAGCUAGAAUGCCAGCUAUCCUUUUAAAAUCUAUAUCAACAUAACUAAAUAAUACACAAACAACAGAAUAAGUAAAAAGAAUUUAAGAAUUGAUUGGUACCAAGAAAUCUUCAAUAUCAAAGUGA